AUGCAAGCCAAACCAGAUCUCUCAACACAGAGGACGGGGAGUAUACCGUCUGAGACGUAUAGCCCUGAAGGGAGUUGUGAAAAAAUUGCCCGCCUAGAGACCGAGUUGCAGCAGCUGGGUAUAAAGCGAAACCAAUUCUACGAAGCCUUAAUGGCUUUCUUCGAAGCCUUAAUGGCUCGCCGGGCCUCGUGGCAACCAAAAGAGUCCUUCGAGUCUCCACUGUCUGUCUCUGACAGAAAGCUAGAGCAGCUUAAUCGUGAGACGGAUGACAUUCUCGGUCAGAUACGCAAGAUGACUGGCAAACCUGAGUAUUCAUCUGAGAGAAAGCAACUAUUCGCAUUGUACAUGGACCUUCAGUCUCAACAGAAUGUCCUUCUGGAAGAACAAGGAGACUCUGGAGUACAGCAGCAAAAGGAGUACGCUUUGGAACUGGAGCGGGAAAAACAGAACUUCCAGGAAGAACUGGAAUGUAUGGUACAACUCAUCAGUGAUUUGGUAGUUGAAGUCAAACUCCCCGGUCGAGGGCCGACGACUGACGAGCCAACACCAGAACCCACUACAAGCCGAAGCACGCCAGUAGAAGCCAGAAAUGACGAUGUACUCAAAGGAAAAGACGUCCAAGGUGCUGUCAGUGACAGCACUGGACAUGACGAGCAGGACGAGCAGCCAGCUGAUCUGCCAGCAAGUGAGGAUGCAUCGGCUACAGGAGCAACUCCAGAUGACGACAGCUGCGAGUCUUCCAUUACCGUUGCAGCGGAGACUGUUACUGAAAUCCAAGAAGAGGAACCCGAAGAGCCUCGACAAGAUCGACCGGGGAAGAGGAAAUAUCCAUCUACAAAGAGAAAUCGCGGAGAAACAGGUCCAAAAAAGAGGAAGGGGGCGGGAAAAUUGACUCUGGAAGAGGAGACCAAAUACCAUUUCGCAAAUAACCCGCAGAUUAAUGGCGAAAGGAAGAUACAGUUCAGCAGACUCUCUUUGUCUGCCAAUAAACUGCCACCUUGCAAGGUGGUCCAACAUCCACGGAAGCCGGAUGAGUUUUACAUACUCCACUGCUCGGAUCAUGACGCUUGGUUUGUAACAGACCCAUUCUCUAAAGCACAGAGUCACUUUGAGGAUGAACACAGAUCGUCCCAAAUCGUUUCUGCCGAACUCUUGAUCGACACAUUUGGCAUCAGGGUUCUAGACUGUACAAAGGAGAUGGUGAAUAGACACAACUCUCUGGUUGCGGCACGCCUGGAAAGCCAAGCACAGCACGCUGAGAAAAAACAAGAAGCAGAAGAAACACAUGCACAACUACAAAGCAAUCAGUCUGGCGUCGGUGGCUUACCCCAAGACACUACAUCAGCCUCGAACAUCCAGCCGCAGUUCCCUCCGGCUAGACGCUCAAGCCGGAACAUCAGCACUGGCAGCGGUCCUUUUACAAGAAGCCAAGAGCGACAGCUUAUAAGACCGGUAGUGGGGAAAAUUUACCGUGCAAGAUGGAGCGGUAUAGAACAUGCCCUCGUUAUCCUGCCGUUCGGAAGCUUCAAAGCCAUCGGACUGGAUAGUCACAUAUGCAGCACGGGCCUGCUCGAACGAUCCAGGCUCAAAUGUCACGACACAGAUCCCGAGACAAAGGACUACAUUUGGAGCAAAGGAUAUGAGGAUGGUGGGCCCAAGGAGUUCGAGAGGAAAUACCCAGUUCUUUAUUUCGACCAGCCCAUGUCUUCCUUUCCCAGGCAUGCCUGUUAUGAUUGGGUGUCGAACUCGGACCUGAGAAAGUUUGACAUCAAAGACCACCCAAAGGUUAUGUUUCCCAAAACUGUGAUUCAAUUCAUAGAGGAUCAAAAGCGUAUAGGCUGUAACAUCAAUGAUGACGAUUAUACUGAUAAUCAAGGACAAAGGACGGUAAAUACAACACCAAGUGUACCAUGCCUACGACUCCGUGAUCGCCCUGAUUCUGAGGUUGAAGCAUAUUUCACAGGAGAAAAGGGCAACGAAUACUCUCCUACUGCUGAACCCGGUGACGACGAGGAUGAUUCGGACUACGAGCCUCCCGAUAACCGACACGGCUGGCGAUUGCCAAGUGGCCGGAACCCAGCUAAUAAAACUCAAAAACCGGCGGGCGCAGCAAGGAUAGGCACAGGCACGCGUCCAGAGGGCAUCCGGGAGCACACAGGGGAUACCUCACAGACCGAAGCAGCUCAGGGCGAACAAGGAGGUAAAAGCACCGUCCAACAAGCUGGGACUGAGAAAAAUUCGAGCACAAAUACUUCUAGACAACAGGUAAACUCUUCUCCUGCGAGAACCCGAACAACGCCCGUGCCCAAUACGGAUGCCGCUUCAGCAACUACACACACCGACGACAUCACCAGUGCGCCUUCUCACGCCACCAGAGGAUCGGCCUCUCCAUCCGCUACCUCAGCUCAGCAGACCAGCCAGGAUGGGGAAUCCAGAGCGCGUCGUGACUCCAGCUUUGAACGGAAUGAACGACCAAUUCCGCCGCUGCGUCAUCAGUUUGGCACCAACUCAUCAUUUUCUCAAUCGCCGCUAUCUGCUGAAGACCGUAUCGGAUUGGAUGAACAGAAACAUCAGCGUAAAUUGCCUGGGAUUUCCUCACUUAUGAGAGAGGUCGGGCGUUAA